CCAGCCAUGAUAGCCUAGCAACCACCGUCGAGCCUCGCCGUCACUGCAAUGGGUUGUGCGAGGGCGGCUAGCUCGCGGAUAUUCGCAGUUGUCCUUCCGUGUCUUGCGGCGGUCGUCGUCGCUCUCCUGCCGCCAGUUGUCCAGCCGUUUCCGCUCGCCGAUUCCCAAGCGGCGGCGCUGCUGGAGUGCGAGGCGGAGUGGGGGAUGAGCGCGAUGGGGUGGGCGCAAGGCGCGGAGUGCGCGCAGGCGCAGGCGAUCACAUGCGACCAGGACGGCAUGGUGACGUCGCUGGACGUGCACUCAUCAGGCCUCAACGGCUCCCUCCCCCUCGCCCUCACCCGCCUCUCGCGCCUCCACACGCUCGAUCUGGGCUUCAACGAUCUGUGGGGCCCUGUGCCGCCCACCCUCUCCACCCUCGUCCGCCUGCGCACGCUAGUUCUAGACAGCAACUACUUCACGGGCCGUAUUCUCAGCAUCGUCUCCAACAUGACAUUGCUUGUUGACCUCACCGUCGCCAAGAACCGCUUCACGGGCUCCAUUCCGCCAGCCAUCUCACGCCUGCGCCGCCUCACGAACCUCGAAAUUGACUCGAAUAACUUUCAGGGGCCUCUGCCUCAAGAGCUGGGACAUCUCACUGCCCUCUCCCACCUGAGUAUGUCGUCCACGGCCCUCUCGGGAUCGCUGCCCGGCUCCAUCAGCCAACUCGCCGCCCUGCAAUACCUCUACGCGCCGAUGAAUGGGUUCACAGGAAGCAUCCCCACCGCCUUUGCCGCCCUCUCCCGCCUCAAGAUGCUGGCUCUAGACUUCAACCCCCUCAUGGGCUCCCUGCCUGGCGCCCUCUCCCGCCUCACCACCCUCACACAGCUCACUCUCAGCGGCACCAGCAUCACUGGUGUGGUGCCUCGCUCCUUCUCCGCCCUCACUCGCCUCAACGUCCUUGACCUUUCCAACACGAAACUUCACGGAGCCAUCCCAGCCACUCUUGGAGGCCUCACUAAUCUUCAAAUCUUAAUGUUUUCCGGGGCGACUUGUCCACUUGAGGGCACCUGUGAAGUCAAUCAGAACCGUUCAUCCGCGUUCUGCAGGAUCUGUUCAAGCUUCUGCUCCACGUGCAUCCCAAUCAAUGGCGCCAGCCCCCUCUCUCUGCGGCAGCGCGUGGACAUCCUGGUGGGCGUGCUGAGGGCGCUCAAGGCGGUGCAGAGCCACGGACUGGUGCACGGCGACCUCAAGCCCAGCAACGUGCUGCUGGGGGCCGCCUACGAGCCCCGAGUGGGCGACUGGAGCGUGGUGCGCAUGGGACAGCGGGUGCAUGUGGACAUGGGGGGGAGAGGGGGGCAGGGCGUGGGCGAAGGGGAGAAGGAAGUGCUGUUGGAGGGCGGGAGUGAGGGUCAAAACGACGAUCGGAGUGAGGGGCGGAGUGAUGGGGAAGGGCGGAGCGGGGACGGCCGCAGUGGCUUCAGUGGCAGCAGCAGUGGCAAGUCAGGCAACAGCAGCAGCAGUGGCGGCAGUGCGGGCAGGGUGGGGCAGGCGAGUGUGCUGCGGUGCACGGAGGGGCAUGUGGAUCCCAUGGUGCUGCAGAGCGGCGUUGCCACCGCCACCGCUGACAUGUACAGUGUGGGCGUGGUGCUGUUGCAGCUUCUUACAGGGUGGGCUGCUCCGUUCAAGUCACUGGAUGGGCAGCACAUGCACAUAUGCCACUGGGCCCAGCAGCAUGUGACAGCAGGCGACGUCUCUCCUCUCCUCGACCCCCUCCUGCUGCACCCUGCACCCCCUCCCUCCCUCCUCCUCUCCCUCUUCCACCUCGCUCUCUCCUGCGCCUCCCCCUUCCCCUCCUCCCGCCCCACGCCCUCCUCUGCCCUGCUCGCCCUCAAGCCCCUCCGCGCCUCCCUGCUGCAGCUGCAGCCGGGGGAAGGCCGGACAGGAGAGGGGGAGGGGGGGGAGAGAGGAGAGGGUGGGGAAGAUGGUGGGGGGGGGCGGAGAAGCGGGAGUUGGAGCAGACUGUUUGGGAGCGGAGCAGGUGGGGGGCCCAGUGGCAAUGCACUGGGUGCAAGGCUGGCGAUGCUGGGAGCAGAGGACAGCAGGGAGUUCGUGGCAUAGACUGGGGGAGGCUUUAUUGUCCAUGUGCUUGCAUUGGGGAAAGAGGAGGAAGGGCACUGCUCCAUUGUUGCUUGUGUGUGCUAUCAGACACAGCAACAUAAGUUGGCUGUCCAUGCUGUCAACUUAUACAUACUAGCUAUGUAGAAGUUAUAGGCUAGACUGGAGUAUGCUUCUAGUGAGUAC